CUUAUCUCUACCCAUAUAACCCGGUUCUUCUCUAUACUCUUCAAAUCAACAAGAUUUGCAGCUCGUUCAAAACUACCAAUGGAGGGUCUCAAAGUAAUCAAAUUGAUGGCAAUGCUAUCAACUCUACUAGUAAUUUCAGUGAAUGGGCAAAUUAAUACACCUUGCACCUUGUCGAUGAUAUCAAGCUUCACCCCGUGUGUUAAUUUUAUAACUGGAAGCACCAACAAUGGCUCACCACCAACUGCCAGUUGUUGCAGUUCAUUGAAGUCACUGAUGAGCACUGGCAUCGAUUGCGCCUGUCUACUACUAACAGCCAAUGUACCAGUUCAGCUACCAAUUAACCGUACUCUAGCUAUCUCUCUCCCCGGCGCUUGUGGCGUGCCGGGACAGUGUAAAUCAACUGGGACCCCUCUGCCAGCACCAGGUCCCGUCUCUCUAGUGCCAACUCUUCCACCUCCAGCUGCUGCUCCUUUAAGCCCACGAGCUUCCAAAGCAGUAGCACUUGCUCCAGCACCAGAAUCUGAAAUUACUCUACCAUUAACACCAGCAUCCCCGCCCGUGCAAGUAGCAUCCCCGCCAACAACUGCAGGGAUCCGACCAAUGCUGUCCCCCCCAGCAUCUAUGUCAUCCCAUGUUUCACCACCAUCUUCCUGGCUAAUAUUUCUAGCAAUCAUGCUUUUCAAAAAAUUCUAUUAAGCUACAGCCUCUUCAUCUUCAUCCCUCUUGCUAUCUGUUUUGUUUUUUUGUUGGUGUGAAAACUUGACGAACACAGCUCAACGUUAUGUUGUCAGAAAACAAAAUAACAGAACGUAGGAAAAGAAUGCCUUUGUUAAUUCA